UCUUUUGGGUGUGUAGAAUAAACUUUCGCAAAAUGAAACCCCUGUUCGUUUUGGCCUUUAUUUUGCUUUUCGCCCUUGCCUUGGGAGCUAAAGGUCAAUUGACCGAAAUGUGCCAACCACAAUUAAACAGGCGUGACCUAUUCGACUUAGCGGUGCUGCACGGCGUAAAGGUGCUCGUCCGGCAGAUUGAGAACUUCAACGAGGAUCAGCCGAUCUCGUCAAGCAUGAUGGUUCACAUUACGACCAUGGUCUCCAAGCACAUCCUGUCCGGCAGGAGCAUAAGCUUCAUCCUUCGGCUGCUCUAUGUGGCAUGCCGCUUGAACAAACCGCUGGCAAAUGAAAAGAAAGCAAAAGCUGCAGUCGGCACAGCUUACUUAUGCUUGAUGGAGUUGGGCAAGGAAAAGUGCUAUUCGUACAAGGAGAAGGAGGAAGGAGAUUUCUCUGUGGAGUUUCACUGAACAAUCGAAUUUAUACGAGUUAAAUCCUUGAUUACUUGAAUCAAUUCAAAUUCUAUAACAUGUAUAUUGAUUCUAGACUUUAAGUAAUCGUUUUGUGCAAGUUAAAACCAAACAUUUUACAAAAAGAA